GGCGUGUCCUUGCCGGAAAGGGCGUGUCCUCACCCGCCGGAAGUGCCUGCCUGCAGGAGCCGCAGGGUGUGUAUAUGUGCUGGAGGAGCCACGGUUGGGAAGCCGGAGUCGUCUUCACUCGCCCCUCUGCCUUACCAGGACCCGCUUGAGGAAUAACCAUGGACAAAAGUGAGCUGGUGCAGAAGGCUAAACUAGCCGAGCAGGCAGAGCGUUAUGAUGAUAUGGCUGCUGCCAUGAAGGCUGUUACUGAACAGGGACAUGAGCUGUCCAAUGAAGAAAGGAAUCUACUGUCUGUUGCCUACAAGAAUGUGGUUGGUGCUCGUCGGUCUUCCUGGCGUGUCAUUUCCAGCAUUGAACAGAAGACAGAACGAAAUGAGAAGAAACAACAGAUGGGAAGAGAGUAUCGUGAGAAAAUUGAGACUGAACUGCAAGACAUUUGCAAUGAUGUUCUGGAACUGCUGGAUAAGCAUCUUAUUGCUAAUGCUACACAUCCGGAAAGCAAGGUCUUCUAUUUGAAAAUGAAAGGAGAUUACUAUAGAUACCUUUCAGAGGUGGCAUCUGGUGACAACAAGCAAACAACAGUAACAAAUUCCCAGCAAGCAUAUCAAGAGGCAUUUGAAAUCAGCAAGAAAGAGAUGCAGCCAACUCAUCCUAUUCGACUUGGUUUGGCACUCAACUUCUCUGUGUUCUACUAUGAGAUUCUAAACUCACCAGAGAAGGCCUGCAGUCUGGCAAAAGCAGCAUUUGAUGAAGCAAUAGCUGAACUGGACACAUUGAAUGAAGAAUCGUACAAAGAUAGCACUCUGAUUAUGCAGCUACUUAGAGAUAACCUUACUCUAUGGACAUCGGAAAACCAGGGAGAUGAAGGGGAAGCUGGGGAGGGCGAGAACUAAUGGCUGUCACGCUUCACUAUAUGUUCAAUGUCACUCUGUAUCCUACACAUUAUAUCCCUUUGUGCGACAAGCAAAAAGAAUAGUACAUCGACUUCACAACCUCAACGUAGCAAACUGUCUGUGGGGUAAAAACAAUUGGUUGGUGUUCUGUGUACGUAAAAUGGAAAUCAGUUGAGCAGUGGCAUUCUGAAUCUUUCCUCUUAUGAACACUUGCAAUUUAUGAUUACCGUGUUUCUUCUUUUUUUAUUAUUAACUGAACACUGUGAUUUAUGGGUUUUGCAAUUGCAAUUGACUACAAAACUCUAAAUGAUGGAAGAGUAGACACAAAUCAUGUAAUUCAUUUGAAGGUUUCUAAUCUGGUAUCAAAGUUGUCAAAAUACAAUUCUGUAAAGUUGUACAGAAAAUUAUAGAGAUUAUAUUGUGACACUGCAACAUGGAAGGGAAACAAUCUAUUGUGUGACAUUCCAGUUCAGUAGCUCAUUUCUGUGAAUUUAAUAGGCACAUUCAUUCAGACUUUUUUAUUUUGUUUUUUGAAAUAAUGAUGCUGGACACACAGCUUUUCAGCCAAAUGCUUAUGUAAAUGUAAACUUUUCUGAGACGUUAGUUUUAAGGCGGGGGGAAAUGAAAGCCUAGUUUCCAGACUCUUAACAGUGGCAGAAAAUGUUAGUGGCAGAAUAAAUAAUCCAGUGCUUCUCACCAUGGCAUUAGCAAACCCAUUCCCAAAGCAGUAAAGUCAAAUAUGUAAUGUAGAUUAUUCUCAAUAUUGAAUUAAUGUCUAACAUGGAAUUCCAACAGGAUAUUUCAGCUUUUAAUGGCCUUACUAGUUGCUGGAUAAUCAUGUUAAAUAGUAAUUCUUUGCCCACUUGAAAAUGUUAACAUCUUAAUUUUCCUCCUCCCUUCAGAGAUAAGUCCUGUACCUUUCAAUAUCAGACAGCACUCACCAGAUGGACUUUGUUUUCUCUCAUCUUGCAUGGACUCUUCGCUUUAAAGUUAGGGUCCUUAGUAUGUGUUGUUAAUCUGAAGUGAUGGGGGAGAUUUAGAUAUGGUGGAGGAAAGAUCUUGCUUAGACACGGAAGAGCUGCCAAUGCAGCUACACUUCUCAGUAUCUGCCAGUCCUGAGUCAUAACCAAGAUCAGGCUCCUAUUCAAGAGUCCCUAGAGCCACCUUAGAAAUACAGAUCAUUAAACACACACAUUAUUUGUUAGCUUAAGAUACUAAAAUUCUGAAUGUUCAACUGUUCAUAAACAUGUCCAAUCAAGGAUUAGAAUUCAGUAGAAGAUGCAUAAAAAUGCCGUAGAAAUAUUUGAAACAUCACCCUACCAGUCUUUUCAGUGUCAUUCCUCUGCCUAUAACAUUCCCCUUUGCUCAAAGGAUCCAUCUGUUUGUCUGUUCAUCUGUCUGCUGAAGAAAGAACCUCAUGCACUGACUUCAAAUUCCCCCCGACUAGCUGAACAAAUUGUGCAGUUAUACUUGGCGCUUGAUUAAUGCAGUAGUGAAUGUGGAACCGAGCCUGUCUGUAUAUCUGGUAGCUCUUUUUUGCUUUGUUUCUACUGACCAGUAUUUUGCCUAAAGUUUGCUUCUGUGAUGGUUGUAUUGCCUAGCACACAUGUGGUUGUGAGAAUAGUAUAGCAAAAAGAAAUACCCGGUUAUCGAUGUACUAGAUUUGUGUAUGUCUUUUAAACAGUUCUAGUUUCACCUUACACAAUCAGGAAAGUGUAAACAAUUCAAAGACAAUAAAAAAUUUAUCAGUUUA